AUGACUACACAAACUCAAGAGAGAGCUUUCAAUAUGCUACGAGAUCUUCUUCAAACAAAUUUCCCUGAUGCUCCUCCUGAAACCAUGAAUAUUGUUAAAGAUUCUCCAAUGUUAACAAAAUUAGCAGAAUUAUCAAAAACAUUACUUUUAUCUGCUGCAACAAACAUUCUUGGAGAAGAAAAAGUCAAUUUAGUAGAUUUAGCAAUUCGACACAUGUUGAAUGAGUAUUCUGAAGAUAUUAUUGCUUCUAAAGGAGCUAGUUUAGCUUUAAAUUCAUCCAAACAAGAUGAGCUACAUAAAACCAAACUUGAAUUAUCUAUGCUACAAGAAGAAAAUAAAGAUUUGAAAGAUAGAAUUUUGGCUCUUGAAGAGCAUGCUCAAUCAUGCCAAGCAGAAUUAGAAUCAGUUAGAGUUGAAAAGGAAAAAGCCCUACAAAACAAAUUAAUUUUAGCUGCCAAAAAAAGGAAUGAAAUGUCUCUUAAAAAUGCCGAAAUUUUAAAUAUCACAGAUCAAUUGCUUGCAACACAAAAUGAAUUGCGAAUAACAAUGGAUAAAAAUACAAGAUUAAAUUCUCAAAUUAAAGAUUUAGAAUCAGAAAUCACAAAAAUUACACAAGAAAAGCAACAGAUUCUCGAUAAAUCAAAACAGAAAUCCUCAACGAUAAGAGAACUACGCACUCAAGUUGAAAAUAACAAAAUAAUCUCUGAGCAACUUGAAAAAGCCAAAUCAGAACUAAAUAGCAUGAAUAAAAAACAAUCAAUAGAAGAUACAUACAGAAUGGCAUCAGCGAAAAUGCAAGACGUUGUGAAAAAUUUGAAUGAAGAAAUUAUUCCUCUCAGACAGAGCAGAGAUGAGGCUUUAGUCUUACUUCAAAAGCAAAUGCUACUCAUCAAGAAAUACGAAUCAUCCUUAGAAUUGCAAGAUGAUAAAAUCAGACUUUUAAAUGCAAAAAUUUCCGAAUUAACUGACACAAUCAACCAAAACGACGAUUUGAUACAAGAAUCCAAUGAAAAUCAUGCUGAGUUAGAAGAUCUUCGCCAGUUAGUUAUAGAUUGCAUCACUGCAUUCCAACCAAAUUAUAUAAUUACAGCCGAACAGUUGCCAGAGACUAUAUCAAGCCUCUGCCACAAUGACCCUACAGUUCUGACCAGGGACAUAGAUUUUGAGUCCUCAGAGUUGAAUUCGAACCACUCUGAAUCAGUAAAUUUAAUUGAUUCUCUGACAAAGUUCUGUCUUGACCUGAUCAAUGGUAAAGUUGAUCUUAAACACUUCACGUCAUCAUAUUCUCCUAUUGUUGUCGAUGAAAAUCUCAAACUUGAUGCUAUGUCAAAGCUGAACCAAAUCAGAGAAGAUUACUUGCAAAUAAUUGACAACAAUGAGGAAGAUCCUAUUAUUGGCCUUCUAAAUAAGAAGGAUUUCAAUAUUCAAAACCAAAACGAACUCUCAAUUUCACUAAUUUCUACAAAUUGUGCCUCAAAAGUUCUGGAACUAUCUAAGAAAUCUCUUGAAGCGCUAUAUCCAGCCAAGAGACAAAUACCUCUUAUCUGCUCCAACGAAGAUUUGCCAUCAGAGAUUUCCAGAUUUGUAAUUGACACAAAGACUGGUCUAGAGAAGCUUGUCAAGCAGAUCAUGACUGUUGUGCACAUUGAUUCCAACUCUCUCAACGAGAUUGACACAAUCAAAGUUUUUGUCGAUAUCUGCUCCAAACUCAUCCAAGAUCUCGACCAAAAAGUUCGUCCAAUUCUUGGAUUUGCCGGAAAAGUCGUAGAAAUCCCGUCACAAAUUGGUGAAUACAUUGAUGGCCUUCUCAAGCGCGAGGAGGAGAAGAUAGAAGUCAUAAAGAAAGAGAACUCCCUGAAAAUAAAGGAAUUGAACUCCAAACUCGCAGACGUGAAGCAGACAAACGAAGCUCUCAACGACAAACUGAGGAAGAUCGCAUUCGAGCUCAGAACGGUCUUCAACGAACUGGAGAAGACGAGGAAACAGAACUCAGCACUGACUGAGCAGCUGGAAGUGGCGACAGACAGGAUAGAGAUAGAGAAAGGGGAGAACACGAAGAUACAGGAGAGACAGAACCAGUACGUCAGCGUCAUCAAGAGCCUCCAGUCAGAGGUGAAGAGGCAGGAGGCGCUGCUGAAGGAGAGACAGGAAGUAAACGAGAGGAGGAUUGAGCAGAUGCUAGAAAACGAGAGACAGUUAAGAUUCGAUGAAGUUGACGCACUCAAAAGAAAGCAGAAAGCGGAACUGUCAGAGCUGCAGAACCAGGUCGGAAGAAAGAGAGAGAAAUUAUCAGAGAUAAAGGUAUCAUUGCAGAAAUUGAGGGAGGAAAAGGAAGAGACAGAACACGCGCUCAAAAUGAAAAUAACAGAACUCGAGCAAGAAAAUGAGAGCACAAUCAGAAUGGCUGAAGAUAACGACGUGCUCUGCAAGUCACGCAUAGAAGAGCUUAUGCAGCUGAACACAGAACUAGAGGGAAAGGUUAAGUCUCUCGCAUUGCUCAGCCAGAGGAACUCGCCUGCACUCAGAAGCUCAUUCAGGACUGAUAAAAAUAUACAGACAGAGAAGGAUAAGGCCGGAGAGGGAAAGGGAGAUGCAUCAAAGUGGAAGGAGUGGGCAAAGGACUUGGUCGUGAAGAGAAUAAGCGGAAGACAGACAAACAGGGAGUUGCCAGACGAGGAAUUGAUGAGAAAGAUAUCGGAUGUUGUGUUCAACAUGGGAAACCAAAAGAAACUUGUACAAAUAGUUGAGGACUUAAGACAACAGAAGGCCUUAGCAAAUGCUGCUCAAAAUGCUCAGAAGACAAAUAAUUUUGGUUUCAUAAGCUUGGUAAGAGCCGUCAAAACUGUAUUGCAGAUAAAUACAAAAGCAACGACGCCUCAGAAAAAUUCAAUUCUGUCACCAAGGAUUGGUAAAUACCCUUCACUCCAGAAAGUGUCUGCUGUUUCAACCCCUAAUUCCUCACCAAAAAAGACAAAUAAUGUUAUUAUUUUGUAA